AUGGACGGCUUCAGCAGCAUGGACGCUGCACAAUAUGAUGAAUACAUUGAGCAUAUGAGGCAGACGGAAUAUCCUAUGCUCAAAGGAACGACCCUCUACAGCAAAUCCCUACUCGAUGCUUUCACAUGCGACAUGAUGAGCAACCUCUACGGCAACCCACACUCUGCCUCGCAGGCUUCACAAAGAUCUACCCACCAAGUACAAGACGUCCGACUGCAACUCCUUCGUCUCUUCCGUGCGGAUCCUGACGUUUUCGACCUGGUAAUUGUCGCCAAUGCCACGGCAGGCAUCAAAUUGGUCGCUGAUGCUCUCCGCGAACACGAGUCGGGCUUCUGGUAUGGUUAUCACAGAGAUGCGCAUACCAGUCUAGUUGGUGUGCGUGAGCUCGCACAAGAACAUCUCUGUUUUGCUGGGGAUAAAGAGGUUGAAGAAUGGAUUGAACAAGAUGGACAAAACACACAAACUCGGCUCGGACUAUUCGCCUACCCGGCUCAGUCUAACAUGAAUGGCCGUCGUCUGCCACUUGAUUGGUGUGGUCGAGUACGAAGUCGAGGUAUCCUGACUCUGUUGGAUGCUGCUGCACUCGUCUCAACUUCCCCUUUGUCCCUGGCCGACCUCGACACGGCCCCUGACUUUACAGUCCUCAGCUUGUACAAGAUGUUUGGUUUCCCAGAUCUUGGUGCUCUGAUCGUUCGUAAAGAUGCGGCUUGGGCUUUGCAGAAGAGAAGGUAUUUCGGUGGCGGUACCGUCGAUAUGGUCGUGUCGUUGAAGGAGCAGUGGCAUGCUGUCAAGUCUGCUCAUCUGCAUGAACAGUUUGAGGAUGGCACUUUGCCCAUCCACAGUAUCAUUGCGUUGAAAUCUGCUCUAAAAGUCCAUCACGACUUGUUUGGCGCGUUGGAACGAAUCUCAGAGCACACCUCCUUCCUUGCCGAACGCCUAUAUUCCUCACUCAAGUCGUUACGCCAUGGCAACGAUGAACCAGUGUGUCAGUUGUACGAGGAUCCGACCUCAGUCUAUGGCGAUAAGAAUACCCAAGGUCCUGUCGUCGCCUUUAAUCUUCGCGAUGCUGAGGGCCGCAUGAUCAGCAAUCUGGAGGUAGAAAAGCUGGCCCAUGUCCGUAACAUCAACAUCCGCACUGGUGGCCUCUGCAAUCCUGGAGGCAUUCAGUCCGCGCUGGGUCUUUCGCCGUGGCAGCUGAAGAAGAACUUCUCCUCUGGCCAGCGCUGCGGAUCUGAGAAUGAUGAUGUCGUCAAUGGUCAACCUACCGGCAUGAUACGAGCAAGUCUAGGAGCCAUGUCCACCAUUAAAGAUGUCGACACCUUUGUCUCAUUCAUAAUCGAGUUUUUCUUGGAUACUUCAAAUACGCCAUUCGAGCGAACCGACUCUCCUACAUUGUCACUAGAAGUUCCCCUGUCCGAGCAGUUGCAUGUCGAGAGCUUGACGGUAUAUCCAAUAAAGAGCUGUGCUGGCUGGCAGGUUCCCGCCAACACUCCAUGGGAGGUGCAACCACAAGGGCUGGCAUGGGAUCGAGAGUGGUGCAUCAUCCACAGUGGAACCUCGGUCGCACUAUCUCAAAAGAAGUAUCCACGCAUGGCUCUCCUCCGCCCAAACCUCGAUUUCUCAGCGGGAGUCUUGCGCAUCACCUGUGCAGUCCCCAUUAAAGAUGCCACCCACACAGAAAUCAGCAUCCCGCUCUCUGCCGACCCGCGCUGCUUCACACCUCUCAGCAAAACCUCUACACCCACAAACGUUUGCGGCGACAAUGUAGCAGCAAGAGUGUACGCUUCUCCCGUCAUCUCAUCAUUCCUAUCUUCUGUGCUGGGCGUGCCCUGUACACUCGCCCGCUUCCCAGCAACCUCUACCUCACGACACGCAAAACAGCAUCUCGCUCCCAAGCCCAACAGCAGCAAUGGCAACCAAACGACACCACUAGCAUUCUCAAACGAAAGCCCUGUACUGUGUAUAUCGCGCAUGUCGGUAAACGCUCUGAACAAAGCAAUAAAAGCAAAAGGCGGGCCCGCGGUCCCGGCAUCGACGUUCCGUGCCAAUAUUGUGGUCUCGCAGCCGUUGCAUCUGGUUCCAGGCACUGAGACGCCGUACGUGGAAGAUACGUGGACGUCGCUGUCUGUUGCAAGUAAACAAAGUCGACAGCAUGGCGAGCAAGGAGCCGACAAAGCAGCGAAUUUCAAAGUCUUGGGCAAGUGUAGGAGAUGCCACAUGUUAUGUGUAGAUCAACAGACUGCCGAAACCAAGCAAGAGCCCUUCGUCACCUUGGCAAAGACCAGACGAGAAGACGGAAAAGUGUGGUUUGGCGUGCAUCUUGCGCUGAGCACAGGAGAAAAGAAAGGAUGGGUCAAAGUGGGUGAUGAAGUUGUGGCCUCCUAA